AUGGCCGGCUUGGUGAUAAUCUACCACCUUCUGCCUACGCGCGAUAUAGUUCAACAUUUUGCCUCUAUUAUCUGCGGAUUUGAGGUUAGGAAGACCUGGGUUACACGCUUUGUCCAGCGGCAUAACAAAGCGCUUACUCCACAGUGGACCUCCGCUAUGGCCUCCAAACGUCACGCUGCUAAUUCUUAUAGUAAGUACAGCUUGUACUUUGACAUGUUAGAGCUUAAAAUAAGCAAGAAGGGUAUAGAGCCUAAGCACACAUACAAUAUAGAUGAGAAGGGCUUUAUAAUUAGGAAGAUUAGCAAGCAGAAACGAGUGUUCAGCAGGACAAGCUACAGCAAUAAGCGCUUCUGGCAGGCCUUAGAGGAUGGCAACAGAGAGUGGGUAACGCUUGUAGCGUGCGUUGGGGCUUCUGGAGUCGCACUUCCUCCAGGCCUGAUUAUGGCUGGAGACUCCGGCAACGUCCAAGACGCAUGGGUGCGAGAUAUCAAGCAAUUGAAGCAUCGCUGCUUCGUCACACCGCUUAAUUGCAAUAAAGUACUCAAGCGCUUCCCUAAAGGAGCUGCCACUCUGUCUACCCCUCUGCCGCCUAAGGCAGGUACAACAGCACGCAAAAUAAUAAGGAAGUUAGACUCUGUUAUAGGCAAUAGGUACUCUAAUAAAGCAAGAGCUCUCUACCACAAGGUACACCACCUUGUGAUUAAGAAUAAGCUACUUAAUAAUAAUAUACAAGGCCUUACAGAGUUACUUUUAAUUAAGAAGAAGCAGGAUAAGAAAAGCAAAGCACUUACUUUAAUUAUAAAGGAGACUGCGCAUGCAGAGAAGCUUAAAAAGGCUAAUAUUAAAGAGCUUAAAGCUGCUAAUAAGCUAUACAACAACAAGAUCAAAGAACAGAAGCGCGAGGCAGCUGCUGCAGUGAAGGAAGUGCGUGACCGCAACCAAUUGCCUAACAAAGGCAAGCGCAAAGCUUCAAAAGCACCUCAGGCACCUGCAGCCAAAAAGCGUCGUUCUGCGCAGCCUCGAAGUGGUGCUGUUGCUGCAGCGGCUGCUCUGCCUUGCGGCACUCACACAACCCGCAGCAGCCACACCGCAACAUUAUAUAAAUAGUGCUUUCAGCAAAUAAAUUGCAUACAUCAAUUAACUAUAAUACUAACAAACCUCGUGAUAAUUACUAUUGUGGCUGUUUCUACAGCCUCAUUUUGCUAUGGUGCGUGAGGUGGGUGCUGCGUGCGGAACGCGGAACCGUGCGGCACGAGCUCCGGCACGGUACG